AUGAGCAAGCAAGACUUGGAGAAGCUUCGAGAGCAUAGUGUGACUGGAUGGACGGAUCGAGACACGCCGGAUGUGUACGAGUCCAUGCAAAUGCCUUAUCAAGCGACAGGAGAGGAGAAUAGCUAUCCUGACCUAAGGAAGGAGCCGUUUGGGCCUACACCAGAUGCAUUGAAGUGUGGAGAUUCACCCAUUGCUCUUUUCUUCUACUUCAUGCCAGUUGCACUUUGGCAGUACAUCGCAGUGAGCAGUAAUAACUACAAGCACGAGCAACUCGAAGCACGUGUGGAAGCUUAUGUUGAGCGCCGGAAGCACAUGCAGCGACGUCGGCCUGAGGACAAGACACCGGUCCGGACGCGUGGUGAUUUGCGCAUGAGUCUGAUGUCAGUGAAGCCUAUACUUCCCCAUGAACUAUGUGUAUUUAUUGGGCUUUUGUUAGCUAGGACUGUACAGCCCAAUCGCGAAAAAAUUUCGAACCAUUGGAAACGUUCAGAUGAAGGAGCGAUAUCCCGUGGAAAUUUCACUCAUUUCUUGAAACGGGAUCGCUUCAUGGAGAUCUCUCGCAACCUUCACUUUUCCAGCAACCUUGACCCGCGUGCCAAGACCGACAGGGCCUGGAAGAUCCGGAAGCUGGUGCAUGUGCUGCAACGUACAUUUCGACGUGGAUUCAUACCCCCUGCUGAGCUUGCUUUUGACGAAGCGAUGCUUCCGUCACGCUCAUCAUUCAACCGAACUCGGGUGUACAUGAAGGACAAGCCAUGUAAAUGGGGGACGAAGUUGUUUAUGCUCUGUUGUGCGCGCACGGCCUAUUGCAUCAGGUUUGAGGUCUAUGUUGGUAAGAAGCAACACAUUGACGACGCAUCUUCAGUUGAUAAGAAGUCUGGACCUGCGGCGGUUGUACGUAACCUGAAAGCAGCCUUCCCUGACGGUCAAGAUAAGGGCUUCCGUCUCGUGGUCACUGACCGAUACUACACGAGUGUUGUGCUUGCAAUUGCUCCUGAUGGGAUUUUACACGGUCGGGACAAUUAUGACGAACCGCAUUGGCUACGCCACGAGCCUAAAGGAGAACAAGAACAACAGGAAGACUCGACCAAAGAACAUUCUAUCAAGUGGUGGGACAGCAAACCAGUUUUCUUCCUAUGUACUGGAAGUGAUCUUGCGUUAGACAGAGUGGUGAGGAGAGAGAAGACCGGGGACCAGCGUGAAGUGCCUUGUCCAAAAGCAGUCAAAGACUACCACAAAUAUAUGGGCGGAUUUGAUGUGCACGAUCAACUCCGCUUGCUACGCUACUCACUACAGCGGGCGGUGACCUUUCGGAAAUACUAUAAGUCCCUGUUUUUGGGGUUGGUGGAUCUUGCAAUAGUCAACGGAUAUAUUGUACAUCGUGCGUACCAUGAAGCAAAGGGAACCCGCCCCUUGACCCACGUCCAAUACAUUCGCAAGUUGCACUUGGAGCUCAUCCACUUGAAGGACUCAGACAUGUACGAAGGCAAUACGUUUGGAGCUGACCCACCACCACCAGUCUCAACUGAGAAUGACGCUCUAGCCACAAGCGCAAAUGACGAAGGAGGGAGCUCAGAGCAUGUUAUCCAUUCACCGAAGCAAGUUGACGAGUGGCGAAAGCACUCAGGACAGCUGAAACGCGUACAGCGCAACUGCAAAGUGUGUUCUUUGCUGCGAUCAGACGGAAAACGUGGCGGGACAACGACCUACUACUGCGACGCAUGCUUUACCGCGUUGCCUGUGUAUUUGUGCAUGAAGCCAAAGCACAUGAUGGAAGAAGAGCUACGUAGCUGCUGGGACAUAUGGCAUAACAAGUUCAAGAAUGGUACUGAGAUACCUGACAACUUGCAGGGCAAGAUACGACUACGGCAGUCGCCCGCCAAGCGUCGCCGGUCUCCUUCGGACGAAUAA